GAACAGGGGAGCAUCUUCGAGUAGGAGAAGUGAAUCAAGAACAGGAUCUUCCAGGAGCACUCGAGAGGAUGUUGAAGCCUCGUCUCCGUCACACAAAAUAAAGGGUGCAAGGAAACAACGAGAAGAUGUCGCUACCAAGAGCGUCAAUGACCACCUUAACGACCGCG